GGCAUGGACGAAUAAUUCGAAUAGUUGCGUUUUAAUAAUUCCAUCUGUAUACUAAUAAUAAAACGGCAUUUUAAGAGAAAUUUUUAUGUGCUAAUUUAAUUGAAAGUAUUCAAUUUCAGAAGCUAGUUCUCUAUAAAUUGAUCACAGCGCCAUGCCGCAUUGCCGUCAUGGCGUCAUCAAGUGUGUAACCUUUUGUGUUAUCAUAGUAUUUAUAUCGUAUUAAAGCAGUUUAUAUAAAUAUUAUAUAUAUAUAUAUAUAUAUAUAUAUAUAUAUAUAUAUAAAAUCUAUGAAACAAAAUCUACUAGAUCUUUGUCAGUGUAAGAUCUUGGAGUGUACCAGUUUUUUUUUUCAGAUACCAGCUUUUAGUGACAUCUGUACCAGGUCCGUUGAGCCACUGUCUAACAUCCCUGCAAACGACCACCUAGUAAUUAUGAAAUCUACCUUGCAGGGUUAAUUCAGGAAUGUAUAUAGCGGGAAUUAUGAAACCAUCCCUUGGGAGUAAAUUUAGGGACGUGUUUAAUGUGUACAAACAAUUUUUUUUUUAUCUCAAAAACAUUGACUUCCGAUAAUAACAGUCCCAGUGUAGGUGGCGAUCAGAAGGUCGCGGGAUGGCGGAGAGCGUGCAGCCCCGGGCUCGCGCCCCCGCGCCCCGCCCGAGGAAGAGGCGGGCUGUGAGCGAGCGCAGGAGGAGGCGUGCCGAGGGUCCCGGUGCAGAGCCCUCGGUGCCCGCCGUGCGGUCGGAGACCGUGAUAAUGGCCGUGCUGAGCGACCUGCGGGACGACGUGGUGGGCGGGCCGGCCGCGAGCGCCAGCCUGGGAGGGCCGGGAGAGGGAGGGGACACUCCUGCGCCCGGGAGGCCGCGCGGAGUUCAGGUGUACGUGCAGCGCGCGCGGGGGUUCUCACGCUCCAGGCGCGACGAGGCCCGGGAGCGCGGCGGAGGGGGAACGCGCGAGGCAGCGGCCCUCAGCACGGCCGUAGCCGCGCAGGAGCGGCUGUGGCCCGCGUACAGGCUGUGCCACGGUUUGCUGGGCGGACUGGCCCUUGCCGUGCUCAUCCUGUCGCACACUUCCGGAGGCUCGGAGGACGACGAGGAGAGGUUCGUGGCGACGCUGUCUCCUUUCGUGCGCGUCGCGGGACCGCUGUUCUUCUUCCUGGCCGCUGCCUGCACCGUGUCUGUGCUCGACAGGUUCGACGUGUUGAGCACGCACUGCAGCGGAGUGGCGGACACGCUGAGGCACCAGAGUCUGGGGCUGGCCGUGCUCGCCGUGCACGUCUUCACGCUGGCGAGCACGCUCGUGUGCGCGCGCUGGGAUGACGGCGUGGCUCUGUACCAGCGCAAUGCGUCCCACUGGGGCGAUCGCCAGGAGUUGCAGACGGAGCUGGGCCAGUGGUAUGUUCUCAACGCGUGCCGCUGCGCAGGGGGCGUGCUGGGCUGGGCGCUGGUGGUGCUGGCACCUGCGCGGGACCUGCUGAGCGACCACUUGGCCGCCCUGUAGUGCUCCGGUCGCACUUCUUUACUACCUCGAUUACCAAUCAUCAUUCUAACCUGAAGGGACCGUAGUUUUGUCGAGUUGCAAUAAUGAGGUUUGUGCCAACCAAACUUUUAAAACAUUUUAUAUAACAAUUUUUACAUAAUCACUAAAUAAAAUUCAAAUCAAAUAAAAAAUAUUUUCUCAUGUA